AUGCCGCUGGACUCGGAGGACACGCUCUACAUCGUGCUGGAGCUGGUCAUCGCCGGGCUGUCCAUCGCGGGCAACGUGCUGGUGUGCUGCGCCGUGGCCACCAACAGCACCCUGAAGACGGCCACCAACUACUUCCUGGUGUCUCUGGCCGUGGCCGACAUCGCCGUGGGGCUGCUGGCCAUCCCCUUUGCCAUCACCAUCAGCGUGGGUUUCUGCACCGAUUUCCACAGCUGCCUCUUCCUCGCCUGCUUCGUCCUGGUGCUCACCCAGAGCUCCAUCUUCAGCAUGCUGGCCGUGGCCGUCGACAGGUACCUGGCCAUCAAGAUCCCGCUCAGGUACAAGAGUUUAGUUACCGGGACCCGGGCAAGAGGAGUCAUUGCUGUGCUCUGGAUUCUCGCUUUUGGCAUUGGCCUGACUCCUCUCAUGGGAUGGAACGACAGGGCCAAUGCCACCCACAAUUGCACUGGUAGACCCACGAACCUGAGCUGCUGUCCUGUGAAAUGUCUCUUUGAGAACGUGGUCACCAUGUCCUACAUGGUCUACUUUAACUUCUUUGGCUGCGUCCUGCCCCCGCUGCUCAUCAUGCUGGCCAUCUACGUCAAGAUCUUCCUGGUGGCCUGCCAGCAGCUGCGUCGCAUGGAGCUGAUGGACCACUCACGGACCACACUGCAGCGGGAGAUCCAUGCGGCCAAGUCGCUGGCCAUGAUCGUGGGCAUCUUCGCUCUGUGCUGGCUGCCCCUGCACGCCACGAACUGCAUCACGCUCUUCAAUCCCCACUUUGCCAAGAGUAAGCCCAAGGCGCUCAUGCACACAGUCAUCCUCUUGUCGCACACCAACUCCGUCAUCAAUCCCAUUAUCUACGCCUACCGGAUAAGGGACUUUCGCUGCACGUUCCGCAAGAUCAUCUCGAGGUACAUCCUCUGUCAGACAGAUGACCUCCCCAAGAGUGGCAACGGACAGUCGGGGACGGUGCAGACCCUCGAUGCGGAUGUAUGACCCCUGCCACCGAGAGGCCAC